AUGGUGCAGUUGAUAGUCUACCAAUUAAGUCGACGCACUACGCGACCGGAAGUUGGUUAAACGGUUUAUGUCUAGAUGUUAACAACAGCGUCUUGAAAUUCGCUAUAAAAACACUCGUUUAAAAAAUAAAGUAAGGGAACAUGUCCGAUAACGAAGGAGAUUUUGAUGAUGGAGACUUUGAUGACGCUGAAGAGGAUGAGGGAUUGGAUGACCUGGAAAACGUUGAAGAUGACCAAGAGAAUGUGAAGAUCCUGCCUGCAGGGGAGGGGUCGCAGGCUAACCAGAAGAGGAUCACAACCCAAUACAUGACCAAAUAUGAAAGGGCCAGGGUGCUGGGGACACGCGCCCUCCAGAUAGCGAUGUGUGCCCCAGUCAUGGUGGAGCUGGAGGGAGAGACAGACCCUCUGCAAAUUGCCAUGAAAGAGCUGAAGUGCAGGAAGAUCCCCAUCAUCAUCCGGCGGUACCUUCCUGAUGGCAGUUAUGAGGAUUGGGGCUGUGAUGAGCUCAUCAUCACAGACUGAGCCAGACCAAACCGGACUGCCAGAGGCAGGGCCAGACCACCUCGCAACCCACUAGGCUGGUGUGAGUGCAAACUUUUGUUCCAUAAAGCAUUAACACACCUUAUUUAACUAGUCAGGGUCUAUUUAAGACUAUGAUUCAUUGAUUAGUCAAAUCUUGUGUGUUACUGCUUGACUGGAACAAAUGCCUACAUACAUACUGGUCCUUUGCUAUAACCUCACCUGCACUGGGCCAACCAGCUCUACAGGCAACCUGCAGAGUGAAGUCUUCAAUUAAGACUUUUUACAUUUUAGGCCUGUGACCCCUCCCACUGUAUCUCCAUUUAUUUUGAAAGCAUUGAAGCAUGUACACUCUAUGAAGUGAAGGUAGGGCUUCUAAAAGCUAUGUGCUGUUAUUACAGCUGUUAUUCAUAAGGGAGAAUUGUGACUCAUGUCUACAUUUACAUUGUGUCAGGAAAAAAAUGUAAUUGUGAUUAUGAAUAGUUUUAUGACUGGGAAGAGCAGUUGUUGUGAAAGAGCUCUUUGUUUUAUUGUUGUGAUUAAAUUGUUUUGUAAGAAAGUACUUUUUGUAUUUUUCUUACCAACACAAUUGACUUAUUGCAUGCAGGUCUCUGACUGUUUUUAUAAGGUUUAAAGCAAAAAAAAGUGUUUGGAAUUUUUUUCAUGCAAUGUUAAUUGCAAAACAUCUAAUUAAAUAUCUGCUACAGAUGGUGCAACUCA